AUGUUGAAGAACAGCACACGGUCGAUUGCGAGCGCCGGCAGCGAGACGGUGGGGAGUCCUCGGGCGCGAUCGCCAUACGCGCGAGGAGAACGCUCCUCUUCGAAUCCGCCGUCGUUCUCUACGGACAUGAACCAUUAUGACACCGCCCUGCCCCCCAUCGACUUUCACCACGUGCCUAUGGCUCACCGCCGAACCGGUAGUACAUUGAAGACCGUCAUGCGCAGGAUUUUCAACAGGAAAAGACAGAGCCAGGCAGACGGGGUGGAAGAAAGUCCACAUGAAGCGUACUAUUCUUCUUCCCCGCCGAGGCAAUCGGGUGGGACAUUGGGAAAAUCGUUCUUGGCCGUUCCCCCGCCAUCGGAGUCAAAACGAAGUAGUCCGCUCUCGGUGGAAAACCUGCAAAUUGCAGAGACCCAUUUGUCUCCCACUCGCUUGAAUUUCGGAUCUCCAGGGUUUCCCGGCAUGUCACAGCGCCGGCGACGUGCUACACUUCCCAGCGUGAUAUUCUCCGACGAUGAGUCCCGAUACGGGGUAGCAUCCAGUGCCAUCUCCGACCCUCAGGAAGAGCGACUUAUAUCGGAGCACCAACGCCGGCACGAUAUGAUGCAGGGUCGACGACGAUCAAAAAGCAUCGACGGGCUUCGCGAUCUCGCAGAUGAACCACCGAUGGCUCCUUGCCCGUGGCCUACGCGCACAGCUUCUAUACCCAACUCCGCUCCCGAUUCAAGAUCCCCACCUCUCGAGGGAAGUUCUGCGAGUGGCCACUCUGGUCGGCGCUCUACGGCGACUACAGUGACCAGUGUGACUCGGGCAUCUGCUGCACCAUCCCUCCCCGAGUCUGAUCAACGUACAGAGCAUCUGAGUCUCCCACCUAAUGUGGGCAACUUGGUCCGGAGCAUGCAGCAAGACGACGGCCUCACUGUAGAACAGCGUUUGAAUACGUUAGAAGUAAAGAUGAUUGAUCUUGAAUUCGCCAUUGCACGGAUGCAGUCCAACUCCGUCGAAUCUCAACCCACGUCCCGCCAGAGACAAACCCCAUCCACCGGCUCUUUCAGCUCCAACGCGCGCAACAAACCUUUCGGCCUGUCAAGUACGAUAGACCGCGACGAAUCACCGACUCCCUUGACGAGUCUGUCCGGACGCCCAGUAAGCACCAGCACAAUCCGGCCUGACACCAUGAACUCGCGCACCCUUCGCCCUGCACCAUCAGCCACAUCUCUAUCCGACUUCACGGCCGUCUCAAUCGAGCAGUACAGCGCCCUGGUGACGCUUCUCCGCCGCGAACAAACAGCGCGACGGAAUCUUGAAAGCCAAGUCUCCAAGUUGCGCGAUGAUAUCCGCUACAUCCAGCGGGCGGCAUUGCAGUCCAUGGAAAUGGGCUCAAUGUAUCCCAUCCACACGGUCGAUUCACAAGAAUUUAUCCGGUUCCGACGCGCACUCGAUGAUUCAGACUCGUCUUCCCCUAUCCGCGGCGAUGAGAAGAACGGAAAACAUGACAGUAGUCCAGAAUGGGAUCCGCCUGAGAAUUACGAUCCAUUCGGACCUCCCAGAUGGGAGCAGGGGAAGCGCAUUGCCACGGCACCAAUGAUUUGA